AUGUCUUCUAUUCUCGACAAAUCUUUAGACGACAUCAUCUCCACAAGAAAGUCCCAAAGAUCUCAGGGCAAGAAGAAGGCUGUUGGUAAGGGCACCGGUAAAGCUCAAAAGAAAGAAACAGUCUCUUUCAAGAAGGCGGCUAAGAAAGUCGCCCCUCGGCCCAAGCCAGCUUUGGACUUGACUUACGCCACGAAAGUGGUCGCACAGGGCUUGCCCCGUGACUUGAAGCAGGAUGCUAUCAAGGAAUUUUUCCAGUCGCAGAUUGGUGGCGUGUCGGUUGUGUCGAUGAAUUACAACGAGAAGGGUCAAUUCAGAGGUGCUGCCACUAUCAUCUUCAAAUCUCACAAAAACGCUGUCAAGGCUGUUGAGAAAUACAACAACGCGCCUAUCGAUGGUGGCAGCUCCAAGUUGAAGAUGGAGUUGGUGAUCGAUCCAACCAAGAAACCCUUGGCCGCCAGAAUCACCGCCAACAAGACGGAGCCUGUUGCUACUCCUCAGCAGAAGAAGCAGCAGGUGCUCAAGCAGAAAGUGCAGCAGAAGAGACAGCAGCUUCAGAAGAAGGCAAGCAACGGCAAGCCUAAGAAGCAGACCAAGAAGACCGCCGAGCAGUUGGACCAGGAGAUGUCUGACUACUUCAACAACAACUAA